UGGGGCUCCGCCACUGUCGCUGCUGCUGCUGCAGCAGUUGUUGUGGUGAGAAGUGAAGCCCUGCGCGUGCGACGACGACGACGACAACAACAACAACAACGACGACAACAACAACCUGCAGGCGGGAGGACAGCAGCUGCUGUCGGUGUUUGUUUGCCCGCCUCGUCGUCGCUACACGGCGGACGCGGCUGGUGCCCCCCGCCCCCCGCGCUUUCUCAAUCUACACACCGACGCCGUGAACAACACACUUAGCCUGCUAGCUGUCGCAGAGUGACAGCCAGCUAGCGGUUAGCGGCCAGCUUAACUGACAGCGGCAGCUAAAAAUAUUCUCCAGCCCCAGUAAUAGUCUUCAGAGGACGGACACAGCUGAGCAGGCGGCGGGGGCCCGGCGUUGUCUUUUCUUUCCAGCAGCACUUGAAGUCGUGAGGCGUUAUGGGCAACACAAGUGACAGGGUGUCUGGAGAACGCCAUGGAGCCAAAGCCCACCGCUCCGACAGCAGCGGCAGUCACAAAGACCACGAACCCAGCGGCAAGAUGGUGGACAGCACGGACGACCCUAACAUCUUCAACACCCAUGGGCCCGAGUCCAAGGCAUCAGGGGAGAAAGAAUUUACCCCAGAUCUGGAUGAUCUGGUGAAGACUGGUCCUCAGGCCAGACCCACUGUGAUCCGAUGGGCGGGCGGAGGGAAGGAGGUCUACAUAGCUGGUUCCUUUAAUAACUGGAACACGAAGAUACCCUUAAAUAAGAGCCAUAAUGACUUCGUAGCGAUCCUGGACCUGCCUGAAGGGGAGCACCAGUACAAGUUUUUCGUAGAUGGGCAGUGGGUCCACGAUCCCUCUGAGCCAGUGGUGACCAGCCAGCUCGGCACCAUCAAUAACCUGAUCCAGGUGAAGAAGUCUGACUUUGAGGUGUUUGACGCACUGCAGGUCGACUCUCUGGAGUCAGACACAUCAGAUCUGUCCAGCUCCCCGCCAGGUCCAUAUGGACAGGAGCAGUACAUCUUCAGACCGGAGGAGCAUUUCAAAGCCCCACCGAUACUCCCUCCUCACCUCCUUCAAGUCAUACUCAACAAAGACACCAAUAUAUCUUGUGACCCUGCCCUGCUGCCUGAGCCCAACCACGUCAUGCUAAAUCACCUGUAUGCUCUCUCAAUAAAGGAUGGAGUGAUGGUGCUGAGUGCAACUCACAGAUACAAGAAAAAAUAUGUCACUUCUCUGCUCUACAAGCCUAUCUGAACGUCAACGUGGGUGCACCACAGUGCUUUUAGAGAGCAGCCUGUUUGUAUUCUGCUGUUUUUUUCUGUUUUUACCAUCACAUUUAGCCAAAUCUUGCACUGAAACAAGUUUACAGGUGAGCUCAAGGCCAAUGGCUGUGGCUUGUUUGUUUUUUAAAGGUUGCACUCCUGGCUACAUAGGGACAAAAGUAGAGAAGUAUGUGAGUUGAGCGUCGGCGAGGGAUGAAAACCAUAGUGUGGCUUUUACCUGUGAUAACUACAGACAGAUAAGAAACAGACUAAAUCACUGUGUGCAUUUGAGAUUUUGCUGCACCGUUUGAGUAUUUGCAUGUUUGGGGUGUUAAAAGAUUUUUGUUGGGUGCAUAUUCAGGUCAUAUGCCACCGUGGCAGGUAAAGGAUCUGACAAAAAUAUUGUUUCAUUGAAUGAGCUCAUUCAGUGAGCGGUUUUCAGUGUCUGGUGUGGAUCCACAGUUUGAUUGUUAAGUGUUGUGUCAGCAUGUACUCCUUCAACUGAUCCAGUUAAGUUUUUGAACUAACUGACUUGGCGUGUCUGUUGAAAAGUGCAUGCGGGAUCACAGAAUGACAUUAUCAGGGCUGUGGUCCAGUUCGAGCUCCUGACGGGAGCAGCGGGUUUGGCUUUGCUUGAAUAUGAUGUGCAAUAAUACUGUUGGUCAACACUGAAUGUUGGUUUGGAGGCAGCAGUGAACAGUAUCUGAUGUUGUCUAAAGCCGUUACGUUCUAUUCAUCUAUCAAUGUAAUGGUCACUAUGGAUGGGACGUUCCAAACGGGGAAAGGUGGUCAAAGGUCUAUUCUUAGUUCUGUCGUUGCCUUUAUCUUGACAUUAUUUUGCAAGCACUUUACCAUCCUGUGAGCAGGAGUGUCGAUAGAAGCUUUUUACUAUGCAGCAGAACACUCCUGCACUACUAAAGUUUCUCUGGUCUAUAAGACCCAUAUGUGCUUCUUUUCUUUUAGAUAUAACAAACUUGCAGUGCUUUAUAUGUGUGUGCAUCUCUAUUAAGUUUUGUUUAAAUAGAAAUGUACUGUAUGUAUCGUGACAUUUAUAGUCAUACACAGAGGUGUGAACAUCCAAACUGUGUCAACUUGCUACUUUGCAUGUAUUGAAUGUCUGCAACCUGCAAUACUCUGUGGUACACACUCAGAAGCAGAUUGACCACACACACAAAUAAUAAUAAUACAUUUCAUUUAUAGAGCACUUUUCAUUGCUAGAAGCAAUCUCAAACACACACACACACACAUAAAAAUGUGACCGGAUCUACAUUUUCAGAUGAAUAAACAGGGCUCUGAAGAGGAAUAGUUACCAUGAAUUUAAAUUACAAAGUUUGCUCAUGUGUGUGCGUUAUUACCAUCUAAGCUCAUUUGUAUUUUUAAGUAGGAUGGCUUUAAAAGUUAUUUUUGGCGUGUUAUUGAAUGUCUGCGCUCACACUACACAGUACAGCAUAUACUCACAGUUGAUACACUGUACAGAACUAUAAAAGGGGAUUUUCAUGAAUCCUGUUGGUGUGAUCAAGUCGACACUGAAAGUAUUUUGUGAAUGUUGAGCCUAGCAAUGAAGUUUUGUCCAAAUAUUUUUUAUGACUUAUAUAUGAUAAGGGAGUAUGGACAAAACUUCAUGGAAGUGGUGAUGUAAGGCUAAAACCAAAACUUGAAUUUUUCAACUGUUUCAUGAAUGUUCUAAAAUUCUUUGCAGAACCAGUGUGAAGAUCCACUGUAUAGAGUUGUACUUGUUUGCAAAUAAAGAGGACUUGCUGGUCCUAACUCAUGUCUA